AUGGGCCCCGGGGCGCCUGAAGGAUACUGGUCCGACGUGGAAAAUAUCAAACAUGAGCUGGAGGUUUUCUUCACGGUCCGAGCGGCUGAGGAGCGCCGGCUUUUGGAAGAAAAAUCCGGGAAUCCCCUCCGGAACUACCUGGGCCUUGCCGAUGAAGAGCAGAAACGGAUCCGACGCCGGGGUGCCUUGAUCGAUAGAGACCUGUACAGCGACCUCCGCCGAUACGGCUUUGAUUAUCUGGUACUGCCUAUCAUGGAGCAAGGCGGUUUUAGGGCCUUUGCGGCCAUCUUCGCCGUCAACGGGGACCAUCCCCCCCGGGAGGAACAGACAGGCGGCCUGGCCCUGGGGGCGGCUUUGGAGGCUAAGUUGGGUACUUUGUCAGACAAAGUGUCGGCCUCGGCGGGCAAAGCCGGUGGGGAGGAAGGACGGAAGGGCCAGGCACCCGUGGCAGCGUUGGGCAGAGAGGUUCUCAGGACAGGCCCUGAAUCCUGGCGCUACGAGACAGACGGCUUGGAUCCCGCCCAGUGGAAGAAAGGGGAACUGGACACUACUGCCUCGCCCGCACCCAAGCUCAAGAGCGAUGUUUGGAAAUACUUGGCGCUUUCCAACCCGAGUAAGCUGUACAGCGCGCUGCUCCUCCUCGACGUGGCCGUGGCUUGGGGCAAAGCAACGUCAGGCGCGCUUGAUCGUGGUUUCCUUGCGCCCUCCCUUCUGUCCUAUAUUCAGCUCGCUGCUGAGGUGGGAAUACUGGCAAAUCUCUUGAGCGUGCCCCUGAUCUUCUUGUUCGUGUCGAAAACUGGACAGCCGGUCGAGAAAGCCGUGUCCUUAGCCUUGAAAGCCUUUGUGGGGGGACCGGUGUUGUUGGUGGAAUGCCGCUUUCAAGGAGACUUUGACGUCCUCGAGACCAGAGAUAUAGCAAGCAAGUGA